AUGCUCUCGCUCUCGGCUCCUUCCUCGCCCCCGCCCUCGCCUCCUACCCGCAGCACCACCACCGCUCCCGCCGCCGUCGGCCUCCUUCGUGGGGCCGCGGGGCGGCGCGACGCGCCGCUCACCGCCGCGCUCCACGCCGUCCUCCUCAAGUCCGGCGCGCUCCACUCUUCCCAGUCCCUCGUCGCGUCCAACUCCCUCCUCCACGCCUACCUCCAAUGCGGCCUCCACUCCCACGUGCUCAACCUGCUCGACGAAACGCCGCGCCGGGACGCCGCCACCUACUCCACCCUCAUCUCGCUCCGGUGUCGCCUCGGCGCGCCCCUGGACGCCGUCCGCGCCUUCGUGGACAUGCUGCUGGCCCACGACGCAGACGAGGACGACGCCGCCGCCGUCCGUGCCAACGAGUUCACGGUGGCCGCGCUCCUGCAGGCCUGCGGGCUCGCCAAGGAUGGGAGGCUGGGGAGGAUGGUGCAUGGCUACCUCGUGACAAAUGGCUUCUGCGCUGACCCCUUUGUGGUCGGCUCGUUGGUCAAUAUGUACGCCAAGGUUGGGGAUGUGGUCAGCGCGCGGAGGCUGGUUCUCAGAUUGGCUUGCAGGGAUGUUGUUUCCUGGACUGCUGUUAUAUCAGGGUGCGUGCUCAACGGGAUGCUAGCAGAGGCUCUCAGUGUGUUUGUCAUGAUGCUGGAAGAUGGUGUCCUUCCCAACAAUGUUACAAUGUUGAGUGUCAUUCAGGCAUGCUCUUUGAUGGGCCACUCCAGGUUGUUCAGUCCGGUGCACGCUCUUGUUGCUCAGUUGGGCCUCGAGGACGAUGUUACGGUGGUGAAUUCUCUCAUCAUGAUGUAUGCAAAGAAUGGCUUUAUUGAAGAGGCUGCACGGCUUUACGAGGAUCUGUACCUCAGGAGAGGGACUGUGUGCUCUAAUGCUGAUGUUCUUGGUGCGCUUCUUUAUGGUUGCACGGUUUCAGCAUCCCCGCUUUAUGGGAGAGAAAUCCAUGCACACUUGAUUAAACUGAGUGCUCUUCCAAGCAUCAGCAUUGAAAAUUGCCUCAUGGGCAUGUAUGCUAGAUUCGAGCGCGUUGACGCAACGUAUUUGGCAUUCAAAGGCAUGAAAGUUAAAGAUAUUGUUUCGUGGAACACCAUGAUCUCAUGCCUUGCCAAGAGUGACUAUGUAAAUGAAGCCCUGGACCUUUUCAGCACUCUUCAUAGUGGUGGUAGUGGGCUUGUGCCUGAUUUCGUCACGGUCUUGAGCGUAGUUCAGGCAUGCUCCAAUGCUGGAUUACAUCUACAAGGGCAGAUGCUCCAUGGAUACAUUGUAAAAUAUGGUUUUCUGCACGAUGUGUCGAUCUCCAAUGCUCUAAUAAUCAUGUAUGCUAAGUUAGGAAGAAUUGAUUCCGCUGAGAAGAUCUUCGGGCGGAUGGAUGUUAAGGACCUUGUUUCCUGGAAUUCGAUGAUCAAUGCUUAUGGGAUACACGGAGAUGGACAGUCAGCUCUAAAGUAUUUCCACCAGCUGACAGAUGUUGGAGCACAUGCUCCUAAUGCUAUCACGUUUUUGAAUGUGAUAUCUGCUUGCAGUCACUCUGGUUUGAUUUCAGAAGGAUACAAGUGCUUUGAAAGCAUGAGAAGGGACCAUGGAAUUGAGCCUUGCAUGGAUCAUUAUGCUUGUGUGGUGGAUCUGUUUGGAAGGUCUGGGAGAUUUACUGAGGCAGAAGAAUUUAUCAGGGAUAUGCCUGUUCCUCCCAACUCUUCCAUUUGGGGACCCUUGCUGGCUGGUUGCCGACUUCAUGGGAAUGUUGAUCUUGCAGAAAAGGCUGCUAAAGAACUACUAGCCUUGGAACCUGACAGUGAUAUAUGGAGAGUCUCCUUGUCAAAUAUCUAUGCAUCAGCUGGGAGAUGGAAAGACUCUGCAAAGAUUAGGACUGAAAUGAAGAGAGUCGGUUUGAGAAAGGAGACUGGUUGGAGCUUUGUAGAUGUAGGAGGGGUUGAGGGUUUUAAGUUUGUGUCGGCAGAUACAAGGCAUUGUGACGCUGAAAAAAUAUAUGCAGUAUGGCACAGUAUGAACAAGCACAUGGCAGAUGUAGCUGGUGAUGUGCAUCAGCUGAGUCUGGUGAGUGUAAAUUAG